UCAAGGGCUAUCACCUCUAGCAAUUGCAAAUGUUGUUCAAAAUGAAGCUAAGAAAGUGUGCGAAAAUUUAGGUGUAGAAUAUCUCAAGAUACAGGAUGUUACAAACAUUAAAUUUAAAUUUGUGGGCCUAAUGAAUUCACACCUUAUUGGUGAAUCUAGUAUAAAAGCUGAUAUUAUUGAAACAGUAAAAUUCUUAACUGAAAAAAACUAUCAAAAUAGUGAAACUGUAAUGUCAGCAUUAAAAAUUAUUCGAAAGUUCGCCUCCCAUUGGAACCCACGAUACAUGCUUCUUGACCAAAAUAGUGUAAAAGCUAAUGGUAUUGAGGCAGCCUUUCCAGGUUCUCAAGCUGGAGAGCAAAAAUUAACACUUGACCAAAUGACCCACGCAAUGCAUAAAAGAACCAAGGCCGGAUGUGAACGU